AAAUCCAUUUUACUGAGGGCCUUUCUGGAGGGUGAAGGGCUAGGAGGACCAGGAGACCUGAGGUCCUCUGCCCAGCUGGUGUUUCCUGUUUCACAGCUGCUGAAAGCUGUUUGCUUUCUAAUACAAUAUAGGAAAAGGUCUAUUAGGAGGGAAAUUUUUGAUGAGGAGGAGAAAGAAGGAGGAACAACUAGUAAUGCCCUUGAGUGGGGCUGAGACAUAGUACACAGGUAAGGGACAGGCGUUUGCUAAAAGCAUGGCCGGUUUAUUAGUGAUACACGGAAGGAAGCCAGGUGGUUGGGCCAGAGGAGGAGGGGGUGGGUGUGGGGCUUGCUCUAACUGGGGUUUCCUUUACUUCUCCUAGGAGCCAAGAAGCUCAUCAGUAGCUUCAGUCCAUUCUAAGAAUGUGGGGGAGACCAUAGUCUAUUCUCCCUUCCCCAGGGAAGGUUCUGUGUCUUUGCACACCAGGAAAACAGAGAAGGUCAGAAAAUUUAGAAUGUCUUCAUUCAUUACUCAUUUAUUCGGUAUAAAGGGCAUACUUUGUGCCCGGCACUACGCUAACCACUGCAGAUAAAGUUGUGGAAAAGGUUAGCUCUUGCCUUGUUAUCACAAAAUUUACAUUCUCAAGGCAAAUGGAAACAGAAAAGGGGCACAGUGUGGUAACAGUUUUAAUGGGAAGGGAAGUGCAGGGAUCACAGAGAGAGGCUGCCUUCCCUGGCCCCCAGGCCUUAGGGAAGAAUCCCCAGGGGAACUGACAUCAGAACUGGCAACGAAAAAGAACACUAGUUACCUGGAGGAGGGGGGAAAGUAAGUUCCAGGCAGAGGAAAUAAGAAGAACAAAGUUCUGGAGACAAGAGCAUGUGUGGUUGAUUGAAAGAACCAAGUUUAUUUUUCAAGAGCUCAGCCCCAGAGAUGGAGGGUGAUGAGGAGCCAGGCUGGAGAGGUUAGCAGGGGUUCAUCUGAACUUUAUCCCAAGAGCCACGACGAACCAUCAAAGUACUUUUAAACAAGGGAGUGACAUCAUUGGCAAUGUACCUCUGGCCACAGUGUGGCAAAGGUGGAGUGAAGAGAAGCAUGUUAGGAACUUCAUAGAAAGCCAGAUGAGAGAUGACAUGGGAACCAGAGAGUGGUAGAGGGCCCCAGAGUAGUGGGUGGAUUUGGGUAGAGAAAUACUGGGGGCCUUGAUGCAUGGUUGGUUGCAAAGGUGUGAGGGGUGAGCCCAAGAUAGAAGCCAACAUUUAAGCAGUGGGCAGAGUGGAAAAGAAGCCACAAGGAGAAUAAUUGCAGGUGAGCAGGGAGCCCUAGCAACCAAGAGCAUUUCAGCCACCCAAGGAGGGGUGGCCCACAGUGUCCAGUGCUAUGAGAGCAAGGUGCUGGGAGGAGAUCUGAGGAGUGACUAUUACAUUAGCAAAGUUGGGCUUGUGAAGACAGCAGCCGAUUUUAGGGGGCCAACGAAUGUAUGGGAGGCAAGGAAAUGGGGCCAGCUGAUGUAGGUCAGGAGCACAGCACCAGAGAAGGAGCAAGCUGGAAGCGACAUGAGGUUGAGAGUUCUAAGCAUGAAAAUCUUAAACGUGAUACAAGAUCAAGUAAGGGGGAGAACUAGUAAAUACAGGACAGACGGAGGUCCUGAUAAGGCAAGAGGAGAUGGGGAUUCAAAGCACAAAUGAGGAGUAGAAAUAGUGAGUUGAGGUAGCCUCAGAGCCUGAAAAAUAUAAAAUAAAAAGAGGAGGGUGAGUAGCAUUGGAAAGCUUUGCGUGUCAUCCCCCCCCCCCUUUGCACCUCUUUUCUUGUCCUUGGGGGACAAUAAGCCCUCCUGUGAAGAAGAAACACCUGGGCCUUGCCUACUUUCAUCUCUCCUGGGGGAGCCUGCAGCUGGGUCAGACCGGCGGGGAUGCUCCUGGGAAACCUGUAGCACCUGGCGUGCUCAACUAUGCCCACGAGAUGGCAGCCGUGAUUCACGCUUGCGCUCACACUGGCUUCCCCUGCGGUUUUGGCUUUCAGUUUUUGAGAUCUUGACUACCACUGAAUUCAACCCUUUCUUUCUCCUUCCUAUUCAGAUGUUUUCAUUACAAAUUUGAAUGUAAAUUUAUACACUCACGUAUCUAUAGGAACCCCGCUAUGACAAAGUCCUCUGGGCAAUAAAUAUAAACAAAACCCUUUCUCAACACUCAAACAUAAUAAGCAGUUCAAAAGGAAGCCAGAAAGAGGACUGCCCACGAACAAGGAGGCUACCAGGACAGGGAAGGGAUACGGAAGGCAAGGGUAGAGGAGCAGGUGUGAGCGCAAUUCAGGCGAAAGCUGACAAGCACAGGGGUCUGGGAGGUGGUCGCUGAUCCCUGAAUCUUGGCAGAGGAAGGACAAGGUGGAGUCAGGAGGUGGUCUCAGGAAGGCCAGUAGAUGAGGCCCAGAACCUGUAUGAAAAAAAAUUAAACACCUGAGGACAAUGGGAAAACACAGAUGCCAGUGCCCAACUCAUUCGCAUACUUACUCCCAAGCUCCUGGGAUUUCACCUUCUGGAAAAACAACAGAUUAUGCCUUUGAGAUGGCUGUUUCAAACAUUAGAUAUGGAGCAGGAGUUACAAAGGAAGUGGGAAUGGACCUGCAAAACAUGGGUGCUAAAAAUGUUUGUAUGAUGACAGACAAGAACCUCUCCCAGCUCCCUCCUGUACAAAUAGUUAUGGAUUCCCUGGUGAAGAAUGGUAUAAACUUUAAGGUUUAUGAUGAUGUGAGGGUGGAACCAACGGAUAGAAGCUUUAUGGAAGCUAUUGAGUUUGCCAAAAAGGGAGCUUUUGAUGCCUAUGUUGCUGUGGGUGGUGGCUCUACCAUGGAUACCUGUAAAGCCGCUAAUCUGUAUGCAUCCAACCCUCACUCUGAUUUCCUAGAUUACGUCAGUGCCCCCAUUGGGAAGGGAAAGCCUGUUUCUGUGCCUCUUAAGCCUCUGAUUGCAGUCCCAACUACUUCAGGAACUGGGAGUGAAACUACUGGAGUUGCCAUUUUUGACUAUGAGCCCUUGAAAGUAAAAAUUGGCAUUGGUUCCCGAGCCAUCAAACCCACGCUGGGACUGAUUGACCCUCUGCACACCCUGCAUAUGCCUGACCGGGUGGUCGCCAACAGUGGCUUCGAUGUGCUUUGCCAUGCCCUGGAGUCCUACACUGCCCUUCCCUACCACAUGCGGAGCCCCUGCCCUUCAAAUCCCAUCUUUCGGCCAGCCUACCAGGGCAGCAACCCAAUAAGUGACAUCUGGGCCGUCCACGCCUUGCGGAUCGUCGCUAAGUAUCUAAAGAGGGCUGUCAGAAACCCUGAUGAUCUAGAAGCAAGGUCCAAUAUGCACUUGGCAAGUGCUCUUGCUGGCAUUGGCUUUGGAAAUGCUGGUGUUCAUCUGUGCCAUGGAAUGUCUUACCCAAUUUCAGGCUUAGUGAAGACAUAUAAAGCAAAGGAUUAUAGUGUGGAUCACCCAUUGGUGCCUCAUGGCCUGUCUGUGGUGCUGACCUCCCCAGCUGUGUUCACUUUCACAGCACAGAUGUUUCCUGAGCGGCACCUGGAGACCGCAGAAAUAUUGGGAGCCGACACCCGCACUGCCAGGAUCGCAGAUGCUGGGCUUGUUUUAGCUGACACGCUCCGGAAACUCUUAUUCGAUCUGGAUGUGGAUGAUGGCCUAGCUGCCAUUGGUUACUCCAAGGUUGAUAUCCCUGCAUUAGUGAAAGGAACGCUGCCCCAGGAAAGGGUCACCAAGCUUGCACCACGCCCUCAGUCAGAAGAGGAUCUGUCUGCCCUCUUUGAAGCUUCAAUGAAACUGUAUUAAUUUUUCUUUUUACUAAAAGAAUUAGCAUCAGCCCUCAUAGUUCUGAAAUGAGAAGUUGGUUUAGCCAGAGCUUUGUUUUCUCAUCUCCAUACAUAACUUAUCUGUUACCAGUUUGAAUGUGAUAAUAAAAUUACCCUACAGAAGAUUCCAAGACACACAAAGUCAAGCUACUUCCAUAAUACCAGCUAGAAAAAUGACCCCAGCAUUGGACCCUAGUUUGUGUUCCUGCCCUAAACUCUGCAGACCACCUCUGCUUCAUAUAUCAAGUGGGUAAAAACUCAGUGUCUAUCAAAAGUGUUAAUGUACAUUUUUGCCCAGUAACCCAUGUCUAAAAAUUUAUACUAUAAAAGUACUCAUAUGAAUGUAAAGAAAUACAGUAAGGAUGUUUCUGGCAGCACUUUUUCUAAUAAAAUAUGAAAGAACCUAAAUGUUCAUUAAUAAUAUAUUGAUAAAUAAAUUGCAGUAUAUUAAAUAAUGGAAUGCCAUCAUGCUAUUAAUAAGAAUGAGGUAAAACUAUUGGAAAUAUGUUUGUGAUAUACUGCUAAGUUGGAAAAAAGUAAGUUGCAGAACAAUUAUAUAUUAGUAUGGCCUGAUUUUUAUGUUUUUAAUUAUAAAUAAAUGUAUGUCUAUAUAUACAUAGAAAA